AAUAACCACUUGGACAGAAAUAGCUGAACAGCUGAGUGGGGCAGUGGCAAAAUAGAAAUAUAACCCCACUGACAAUACCCAUAUGGUCAAACCACUGAAAACAUAUGGGCCAUUGCCAAACCAAAAUGGGAUAAACAAUUUAAUAUUUUUGAAAUUAGUGGCCGUUUGAAUGAAUACACACACAGUAUUAUUUUAGUAUAUAUAAUAUAAUAUUAUAUAUAGGAUGAAUUCAAGCUUCAACUGCACCAGUAUUGAAUGCAACACAGAAAGAGUAAAAAAAAAAUCUUAAUUAAUUUUCUUCCAUUUGAAGUCUCCCACUCACUCAAAAGUUGAUCUAGAGAGAGAAACAUACUAAGAGUUUUCUAGAGAGAGAGAGAGAGAGAGUAGUGAUGAGUGGCAUGUUUAUGGUGACAAAGGGUGGUGGGUGUGCAGGGAAGAAUAAGAAGAAGAAGAAUAAGAAGAAUAAGUCAAAAUGUUGUGAUGAUGAUGAGGAACAAAAGCAGAUUUCUUCUCUUGUGGAAGUAUGUGUAUCUGCAUUCAGAAAAUCAACAUGCCGUCAAGAUCAAGUGGUGAUCUCCACCGUCAAUCUCAAUCACAUCGAUAAUAUGGAGAUCGGGUGGCCCACAAAUGUCCAGCACCUCACUCAUGUCACUUUUGACAGAUUCCAUGGCUUUUUGGGUCUUCCUCUUGAGUUUCAGCUUCAGAUUCCUUGCAAACCUCCCAGUGCCAGUGUCAGUGUAUGCGGCGUCUCUGCGGAAUCAAUGCAGUGGUCUUACGACACAAGAAGCAACAGCGUUCCAACUAUUCUGUUACUAAUGCAGCAAAAAUUAUACGCACUAGGCGGCCUAAUGACGGAAGGAAUAUUUCGGAUAAAUCCGGAGAAUAGUCGAGAGGAGCAUGUGCGAGACCAGCUCAACCGAGGCGUUGUGCCUGAAGAUAUAGAUAUCCAUUGUUUGGCAGGUUUGAUCAAAGCAUGGUUUCGAGAGCUACCGUGCGGUGUGCUCGAUGGUCUUUCAAAGGAACAGGUUUUGCAGUGUAAUAAUGAAGACGAAUUUGUUGAGCUCGUUAAGCAGCUUAAACCGACUGACAGUUGUCUGCUCGAAUGGGCUGUUGAUCUAAUGGCCGACGUCGUUGAGCAAGAAGAGCACAAUAAAAUGAAUGCAAGAAACAUUGCUAUGGUUUUCGCCCCAAACAUGACUCAGAUGUUGGAUCCAUUGACAGCUCUGAUGCACGCUGUUCAAGUGAUGAACUUGUUAAAGGCACUCAUCUCGAAGAAAUUACGAGAACGUGAGGAAUCAGCCGAAGGAGUAUCCUCACCCACAGUGUCCUCUCGUUUCUCGUUUAGGCAGAAAGAAUAUUACGGUCAACACGACAUAGAUGAUGAUGAUGCCAGCUGUGAAUCGAGAGGUACUGCCUCGGAUGAUGAAGAUGUUGAGUCGUUGAGUGAAGUCGAAGAGUGCUUCUUAAGGCAAAUGGAUGAGAGUGAAAAUGCAAAACAAGACGGAUUUCGGAGACAAAUGGAGAGAAUAUUGUGCAGAGACAACGAGAGCCCCGUAAUUUAUAGUUAUAAUAAUAUCUUUGAAGAUUCCGAGAGUAGAAAAAUACAGUGUUCGAUCGGGGAAAAGGAGUAGCCGGUUUACAAGCACUUACCGUGAUGAGUACCAGAUCACUAGCGCGCUGCUACAUAGUUUUAAUUCUGUAUCUCGUAGAUUGUUCGAUUUGAUGGCUUAAAUAGUGUUUGUCUUUGAUCCACCACCAAAAAAUUAUUAUCUAACUAUUCACCAACUUUAGCUUCAAAUUUAUUAUUGUUAGCUUCAAUUUAAUAUUGAAGGUUUGGUUCAACUAUGUUGCUAUUCCAAAUGCAAACUUGUGUUU